UCUGAUUCCUUGUUUUUUUAACUUGUUUAAUACAUUUUUAUACAGGCAUAACAUGUACCCUAUUCUUAAACCUGAUACUGCUCCGGAGUUGAAUCUUGAUGUUUUGCUCAGUGUGGCUGAAAAGCUACUUUUCUCUCCAGAUAACGAUUUUCGUUUGGAUCUGAGGGACCCUAAUGCAGAUGUCAUCAACUUCAUGUUCGCUGGUCCUAUCUGUCGUUUGGCUUUUUUCAUUCAAUUCAGAAGGCUGGUCAAAUUGAGUGUCAAUCUCACAGAAAUUGAACUCAGUUGCCCAACUCCAAUUCAGGGCGUUAGAGGCGUGCUCGCUAACAAUAAAGAGGACCUUUUGUUGUUAGUGACCAGUUCUUCCUUGUUCUGUUUUUGA